GCGGGGAAGUUCUCGCGGGACCCCGAAGAGGAACGGAAGCGAGGAGGCUGUGCUGCUUCAGAGACCGGGCGGCGGCGGCGACGAAGACUGUGGUGGUGACAGCAGCGGGAACAGGCGCUGCCCUCGGGGAGCAGCAGCAGAAUUGGCGGCCGCUCGCACCGCUGCGGAGGGGCCGGCCGGGCGCGGAGCGGAGCAGCUACGCCACGGGUGGCAUUGUGUGGCCCGGAGUGCGGAGCAAGUCCCAGAAGAGAGGUGAGGCUGAGCCCAGAGCGCUGGGUUGCUUCAGCAGGGAAGACUCCCUUCCCCCUGCUUCAGGCUGCUGAGCACUGAGCAGCGCUCAGAAUGGAAGCCAUCGCCAAAUAUGACUUCAAAGCCACUGCAGACGAUGAGCUGAGCUUCAAGAGGGGGGACAUCCUCAAGGUUUUGAAUGAAGAAUGUGAUCAGAACUGGUACAAGGCAGAACUCAAUGGGAAAGAUGGCUUCAUUCCCAAGAAUUACAUAGAAAUGAAACCACAUCCGUGGUUUUUUGGCAAAAUCCCCAGAGCCAAGGCAGAAGAAAUGCUUAGCAAACAGCGGCAUGAUGGGGCUUUUCUUAUCCGAGAGAGUGAGAGUGCUCCUGGGGAUUUCUCCCUCUCUGUCAAGUUUGGAAAUGAUGUGCAGCACUUCAAGGUGCUCCGAGACGGAGCUGGGAAGUAUUUCCUCUGGGUGGUGAAGUUCAACUCUUUGAAUGAGCUGGUGGAUUAUCACAGAUCGACGUCGGUCUCCAGAAACCAGCAGAUAUUCCUCCGGGACAUAGAGCAGGUGCCACAGCAACCGACGUACGUCCAAGCCCUCUUUGACUUUGAUCCCCAGGAAGACGGAGAGCUGGGGUUCCGUCGGGGAGACUUUAUCCACGUCAUGGAUAACUCAGACCCCAACUGGUGGAAAGGGGCUUGCCACGGGCAGACCGGCAUGUUCCCCCGCAAUUAUGUCACCCCUGUGAACCGGAACGUCUAGGAACCAAGAGGAGAUUAUUUAAAGGAAAUGAAAAUUUUAACACACGUACAAAAGAAUUCAACCACGAGCUGCGUCUCACAGCAGCCUGUGAGGGAGCUCAGAACACCUGGCUGGGUCACCUCGUGAUCCUUUCACUUUGGAACUUCGGGGGUGGGUGGGAGGGGGAGUUGGAUAUAACAAUGCCAAACACCUAUAAAUUAAGAAAAAGAGUUUUUAUUACAAAUUUUCACCACUGCUCCUAUUUCUCUUCCUUUGUCCUUUUUUUCCAUCUCUCUUCUGUCCAUCAGUGCAUGACGUUUAAUGCCAGAUAUAGUCCUAGCUGAUGCCAAUAAUAAAAUAAAAGAAACCAA